GGUCGUUGGAUUUUGAGGAGUGGCCAAAAUCCGGUACACCCGGUCCGAUGUUUUUGGCUUUGGGGCCAAAAAAAUAUGUCCAGUGCCUAUUGCUACGUAUCUAUCUCGAGUUUCUGGCGCCGCCGCAGAAUUGGUGUGCCUGGGCGGUCGGAGGAUUGCUCAACGACAAGAGGCACCGCGACAGCACCACCUGUGGGACACAGGAUAGUAUACCUCCGGACUGAAGCGUGCCUCCGGCCACUGCGUUCACUGCGUCGAGAGAUAGAGGCAGAGGGUGCCACCGUUCACCGCAUCGUCCGGGUUGACGCCAGCGGGAACCUGCAUCGCUAUCUGCGCCUUUCCCAAGGCAAGGACAUCGUCGUCAGAUAUCUCACACGUGUCACCAGCCCCCGCAUCCCCGACGACGCGGGAUGGCGUCGAACACGUUGAAGAGGCGCCGGUCAAGGUUGUCCCUGCCAUCGGGACCGCGUGGACGUUCGAUCGAGGUCGAAUUCAUGCCACCCCCGCCGAGGCGACCGCGAACCCACGAUGGAGCCCGCGAUCAGGACGGCACCGGGCCGGCGGGAACUCGCACCGAUGACGACUCGGCCUCGCCCGAGUCCGCCCCCGGGAACACGCGUGACGACGAAUACAUCUACCCGGACACGGGCGGCGUAGACGACGACGACGACGACGACAUGCACGUGGCCGUCGGGCAGCCAGCCGGUCCGAUCCAGGGCCGAGCCGCCGAAGAGGCUGCGCGGCAGGAAGAGCUCGCUCGGGUGUUGGCGGAGAGCAGGAGGGAUGCGCGGAGCAACGAGAAUGCAUCCUCCGGGGGCGCAGCGGAAGCCUCGGCCAGCCAGGGCUCCUCCUCCAGCCGCGGGGCGAGUGGUGAACAUGUGCCGGCGAGACAUGGGCUCACGAACGGCGGUUCGACCUGUUGGCUGAACACCCUCAUCCAAGUCGCGUCCAGCCCGCGCACGACCCUCGGCAGGAUGCUGAUGGAGCUGUCCCGGUGCGAUUGGGACGACGCCAUGAAGGAGGGGCUCUCGGCACUCUGGCAGAUGGUCGACGCCACUGGGAAGGUGACCUCGGCGGAGCCAGACACGCCCUCCAUCCACGCUGGUUUCGUUGGGGCGAACGGAGUCCUGAAGCCGGCGGGGUUCAACGAUUGGAAGCAGGCAAGUCGUCAAGACAUAUGCGAGGCGUUCGUCAAAAUCUGGGAGCUGCUUCAGUCCCAGGCGACUGCGACGGGGACCCCGCUGCCCCCCCCUCUGACAGCCACGACCAUGACGACGUCAACUAACGCACAAUGCUCCUCGUGCGGCUUGGUGCACUCGGUGGGAGACGGGAGCCUGGAGACGCACCUGAUGCUGGCUCUCCCCGACGAUAGCAGCGACUCCGCGAUCACCCUUCAGGGGCUGCUCGACGAUUCGACGGCGCCCCGGGAGAUGUCUGACUCGCAUUGUACCAGCUGUACGCAGCUCACGUCGUCGCAGCAAGUCACGUUCAUGAACAAGGCACCUGCAACAUUGGUGGUGAUAGUCAACCGAACGGGGUGGAUAGACGGCGCCGGGGGCUACGGCGGCAAGGACAACCGAACGGUCCAGUUUGACCAGACGGCUUCGCUCCUCGUGCGGAGCGCUUCCGGAACCACGCAGAGGCAGGUCUACGACGUCCGGGGGAUCGGGGUGCACAUCGGACCCAGUCUCAACGCGGGCCACUACAAGGCGUUCGUGGCGGGGCGAAGCGACACGUGGGUGUGCGCUGACGAUGCGGACACCACGGAGGUGUCGUGGAGCGACGUGAGCAAGGUGAACCCGACGAUCAUGGUCCUCGAGAGGAGCCGCGGAGGCGGAGUCGCAGCCACCCACGGCACCGAUGUGACCGCGUUCUGGAGCGCGGCGGUCGCUGCCGCCAGAGAGCAGGCUUCGGGGCCAGCAGGCCAGGCGGUGAGAACUCAGUUUGAGGGCGGGCCCGCGCGCCAAUAGCCAAGCGCACCUCGUUCCGUGUUUGCCGGGGGUGGUCUUCGCGACGAUACAAGCAUAAAUUCACGAUAAAGCCACCCUUGGUGUGUCCUCAAGUCCAUUUCUGUUGCCAACAUCGCCAGGUGACCUUACCCUUCGACUUGGACAGCAAGGGUUGCGUGCACUCGAAUUAGGGUUAGGGGACACAACGAGUUACUCCAAUGUGCCCGUCGCUGCCGUCCUUCCCGACUGGUUUGUUGUGUUCUGAAUCGUUCUGUGUCAAACCCUGCCCAGGCACCCGGCGGCGUUAGCGGCGAUGGCAGCGGCGAGACCGACCGCGACAGCAGCGGCGGCGCGGACGGCGACGGC